AUGGUGGACGUCCUAAGCCCCUCAUCCGCCGCCCAGGCACCCGCCAACAUCGGACCCAGAGCCUCACCCAACAUCUUCACCGUGGACGAAUUCCUCAACGGCCAUGACUCAAUCGACCCAUCACCUGCACCAGCAUCCUCACGCUCUCCCCUCUCCCCCAAAGGCUCCAAGGCAGGCUCCCCAGACUCCGCAUCGCCGGUCCCCACGCCCAUCGGCGCCCGCAGCUCCCGCAACACCAUCCAACUCCACGAGAAAUGCCAAAGUCUCGCGCUCCCUCUGCCGCGCUUCGAAACCAUCCCCUCGGACGGCCAGACCUGGAAGAUGCGAGUCGUAGACUUCCUCGACACGGUGUUCGAAGAGGAGACGUCGUACGGCAGCAAAGCGGAGGCCAAGGAGGCCGUGAGCGGGCUGGUCCUCGCCUUCAUCACCGACCUUGAGGCGAGGGGGAAAUUGACGAAGCCGACGAAGCAGAAGAAGACGCCGGGAAAGGGUGAUGCUGGGUCCCAGAGUCCGCCGCAGAAGGAAGUCCCUGGUCCUAAUAACAUCGGGCUACUACUUGAAUACCAGCACGCGCAGGGAGCACCACAGGCCACAUACCACGACUUCUCCCUCGGCACCCGCUUCUCCUGCGUCGUCGCCAUCGACCUCAUCACCAACCCCACCAGCACCACCACAACAACCCAAACCUUCGGCUCCCAAACCCAGCUCUUCCCCUCCAAGAAAUCCGCCCGCCAAUCCGCCGCCGGCCUCGCAAUCCAACACAUCAAGACCCUCGGCCUCUGGCCCUCCUCCCUCGCCGACGAUGCCGCGGGAGGCAUCCGCAAGAAACCCCGGAAAUCAAACCCAAACCCCACCUCCCCGCCAUCACCCUCCGACCAACCCAGCACCAGCAGCCCCGCCAGCCAAGUACACCUUGCCACGCAGCUCGCCCUCUCGCUCGGCCUCGGCGCCCCGGAGUACCGCUUCGACACCUCGACCCCGUCCGCCGUGGAAGCAGCGCUGUCGGGCUUCCACACUGUGGCGUGCUUUUUCAACAACGGGGGCGAGCAUGCGGGGCCGAUUGGAGAGGUGAGACAUGUGUUUGGGAGGAGGAAGGCGAAGGAGGAGUGUGCGAGGGGGGUUGUGGAGUAUCUUUCGCGCGUGCGGGACGAGAGGACGGGGGAUGCGGGGAGGGCGGUGAAGGAGGUGGAGGCGCAGAGGGAGGGGGAGAGGGAUGAUGAGAGGGAUGUUAUGGCGCAGUUGAGGAGGGAGAUGGGGUUUAGCGACAGUGAGGAGGAGUUUGAGGAUGCGGUUGAGGGGGUUUAA